AUGGCGCGUGAAAUUUUAGUGAACCAACGAACGUACCUUGAUCAAAUUCUGGACGUUCUGGCGAAAGAUAAGUUCAAGGGUACCCUUGGCGUGGCCGGACAAGCCGUGUCGGUUUCAACUCAGGCUGACAUAGCACAUUUGGCCAAAGGCUACGAAUCGGAGGAUGAAAACGCGGGCAGAAAGCGGCAGAGGGCCAACGACGAGCGGCCAGCCAGCAAGACCACCAUGUACUCAAAGCAGGAGUUCCGGGAGCAGUACUGCAUCAACAACAAACAACUGGAUCUGCUGGAACUGGAGAAGUCCAAGAAGGACAGAUUCCUCGGAUGCCUCUCACAAUACCACAUUGAGAGUCCAUGCUCACGAACCAAUAGAGCAUCAUUUCUAUCCGUGUGUGUCCGUCGUCGGGUGCCCUCAGAUGAGAACCUUAACACCGACUAUGCUCCAAUUCAGCGGUAUCCAAGGUUUGGCCAACCCACCCCCGCUCCCCCCGAGGUGUCAGCAUACGAUGCCGAACUGGAAUGCUCGUACUUCCGCAGGAGACCACGCUCCGUGUGCAGCCAGCCUGACCCCAAGCGGUACACCUGGAUGCCAGAGGAUGAAGACUUCACCCGGAUGGAGUGGCCACAAUCGGUAAUAGAAGAUAACGCGGGUUGGCCCCAAACUUACAAUGUGGACCAAAUCGCGUCAGUAAGCCGAGGCGGCUCUCUGCCUAGACCACCUAUGAUGCCUUGUCCCGCUCACACACCGAUACCCCCACCACCCCCGCCGCCACCUCUCACUAUCCCGCCAAACAGAACAAAACACGUAUCAUUUGCCCGCUCUCACACACUCACCACUUUUGACGACUCUGUCAUGCCCGCUGCAGUUAGUGGAAAUCGGUUCCGAAGAGAUUGUGAAAGACUUAUCGACGGAAGAGCUGUUGUAAAGCCUGAGCCAAAGCCAUACCCAGCCGUGCCGGUGUUGUACCAGCAGUUCUCACCGUACCCACCGUACUUGCAAGCCGGGCCCACCACACCGACUCCAGUCCACUAUCCUGGGCAGUACGCGACUCUACCCCACACAUCACAAACCGUUCAAAGACCGACACAAACUGAACAGCCUAAAGUGGUUGUACUAGAUUCAAUAAAGAAAGGUGUAAUGAGAACACAAGCAACCCAGACUGAAGUAUGUUUAGGAAGAAAACCACUGCCACCUAACUAUUUAUCGCUAAGCCCGCGGACUAUCAGAAGGGUAAAAAUGGUAGCAGCUGGAGUUCAAACGAAUGGAUUAGUAGGUGUUAGAAGAUUAACCAAAUCAUUUUCAGAAGUUGGUGGCGAUAGGUUAGCUGGUCGAGACAAUCAGGAUGAUAUUACACCGAACAUUGAAAGUUUUAUAGGUGCAGACCAUGAUAAAUUGCAUAGAACACAAUCAGAGGAGCCACCAAGAUCACCGCGUUCACCAACUGCUAUGAUGCCACCUUCACCUACCAUGACAAGAAUGGACUCUGACGAAGUUUCCUCAUCAGUCAAAUCUGUUGCAUCAUCACAGUUUGACAAAUCUUCCGAAUUAAGUGCACUACAAAGACAAGCUCAAGAAUAUUUUCAACAAAACUUUCAAUUUAUACACGAAAGUGACAGGGACGAUACUAUAGAUGAUGACAUGGAAACUAUUGAAAAGAGUAUGGCACUGAAUCGUAGAAACUUAGAAUAUUUACAGCAAGAGAUAGCUAAGCAAGCAAAAGGAGAUAGGUCGUUAAGGUCAAUUUUAACUAAAAGUACUAGUGAUGCUUCUCAAAAAACAGUCAACUCACAUCCAUUUUCGAAAACGUCUACUUUUCAUUCAGAACCCUCAACUGAGACUUCUGCCACGACAACUGAUGAUAGUGAAAAAAAUGAAAGGGAAAUAAUUAUUGAUUUCGAACCAAGACCUGACGACGAGGCUAUUCCAUUUACUACUCUGAAUAGAAAGAGUAGAAAAUUACAAAAAACUUUGUCAGAAGGGGAAAUACUUUUAGACGUACGUAAGACUGAGUUAAAUAGUGAUGGUGCCAAAGAUGCUCCGCUAGUUAUGUCGACUAGUCAAGAAAAUAUGACCAGAGAAGAUCGGGAAAGAGAAGCAAUGUAUAGACAAUAUAUUGGCCAAAAUUAUACUCAAACACCUAUAAAAGAUGAAGGCAUAUAUGGAUUUGAACCAGAUGGAUCAUUCAGUUCUUCCGACGGCAAUGCACCAUAUGAAGAUUUUCAUGAAAAGUACAUUAGUUACAAGCAUGAACCGUUUAGAAACAGAAGCGUAAGUUUUGAGCAGCGAACAGAAAUUAUCAAUAAUAAGGAAUCUCCUGAGAACAGCACUGCGAGAUCAAGUCCUGGAUCACCGGAACCAGAAAGUAUGGUUGACAUGGGACAAAAAGUCAAAAGAGCUGUUAUUUCAAAUAAUGUUACAACGAUUCCUGCUCCAUUGGAAAAAACUUCACCUUGUGCUUCUAAUGAGUCACUAACAGUCGAUCACAGCAGGGACCAUUCUGAUGGUAUGUGGAAUGAAUCUCAAACAACAGUUUUACAAGUAGAUUCUGGAACAGAAAAUGGCACUGUGAUAAGUUCCUCAGAUCUCAGUUCUCUAGCAGCUUCACCUGGUGCAUUGGCAUUGCUCACGCCUACAUCUAGAAGAAAACAACUAUUAUUAUUGCAACACCAACAGCGAUCAUCUUUAGAUACCGAUGCUUUGGACGAAGAGUUCGAUGCAUCACAGAGUCAAUCGCCGACUUCACCACGAAAUAAGUUAGACACAUCUAGUUCAAGUUCAGCUCAAGCUCGAUCAUCUUUAUCUCCACCCGCAGUUGUGCCAAACAUAACUUUACCCAUAACUAAACAACCAACCAUUUCCAAAAGUAUAUCACCUCUUGGACCUCCAAAAAUUCCACAUACUCCAGCAAUUGCUAUUACUCAUCCAAGUUUAGAUUUAGCCGACUUACCAUUUAAGAGAACUCCCAGUUUUAUCAAUAAAAAGCGAGAACGAGCAUUGAGUCCCUCAAGAAGAAAGGAUUUGCAAAGGAAAGCACAACAAAAAGAACCAAAUGGCACUCUUCCCCAUCAAAUAAUUGAAUCACCCUGUGAAGCACCGCUUAGCAAAGCGGCUAGUAGUGAAACUAGUUUGGCUAGAACAGAUUCAGGAAAAAUAAAUACUACCGACGUAUCUGAAAGCACAACAACGACAGAAGACUACGUGACUGCCAAUUCAGAUAGUUCGAAAAAGAGUAAUUGUAAAAAUCAAAACCAAAAUCCUGAAAAUAAUAAAGCACAAGAAGGCUCAUCGUUCGAAAGCGCAUCAAGUCUUUAUUCAUCUACUCGCACUGAAAUGAUAGCAGAAGAUUUGAUAGUUCCCUGUUUUUCACCUCCAUUACAGAUCAGUGAUGAUUUCAUUGUUCCAGACCUAUCUUCUCCUCCACUACCUUUACCUGAUAGAUUACCUAGAGCAACUGUUGAGAAAAUUGAAGUCAAAGCAGAAGUUAAUCCGACCAUUGAACAUUUAAAGAGAGACAAGACUGAAUUUAUUAAACCUAGCGAGGAAAAUUCUAAAAUAACGAAGGUCACCCGAGACACAAUAAGCGGUAAAAGUAGUUCAAGUGGAAGUUAUAGUAUAGGUGGUUCAAACCCUAAUGUUACUGAAGAUGUUGAUAAAACCCCUACAGAAAAAACUAAGGAAACACCUGAAAAAAUAAUAGAAGUUAAAACAAAAGAAAACAAAGUUACGAGUCCAAUGAUUGGAAAAGAACGAAUUCCCAAAAUGACGGGUUCACUGUCAGAUGAUGAAAGAAGUGUUCACUAUUCUUCUUCUGGUUAUUAUGAAAGUCCUGUAGAGGAUGACGAUGACGGAGGUUUGAGUAAGUUUUACGUUUCAGCUUAUAAGCAUUCACAACGAUACAGAACAUCAAAUAGGCAGAAGACGUGGCUAGAUGAAAAAAGAAGGAAAAAGAAAGCAUUCACUUUAGAGUUUUCAAAAUCUUACGAUGAUUCUGUAUCAACUUCACAAGAUGACUGGAGCAAAAAAACAAAAGAUCCGGAUACUGUUAGUCAAAAAUCUGAACGUAGUACAUUAAAACCCUCAAAUGCUAAAUCACCUUCCGAUGAUAAGAUAAUUGAACCUAGAAAAAAGAAGACACAUUUUGUAGAGAAAACCAAAAGCGUUCAGUCAUCUCCAAGAGAAGCGAUUGAUAUUGAAAAAUCAAUAAAAGAGAAGAUUGCUAAAGAAAAGGAAGUUGAAUCAAAAAGACCUCAAGAAAGAGAAAGAUACGUUAAAAGAACAAAAUUGAAAGCAAAAAGCCCUACACAAACAAAAACAAUAGAUGGUAGUCACAGCUACAGGCCACAACAUUAUGACAGACGAGAGGCAUUGGGUUCCAAUAUGAAAUUGCAACUUAAUGUCCCUACUUCCGAUGAUUCUAGUGAACAAUACAGGAAAGAUGGUACUGGUAAUGGAAAUAUUUCUCCAAGGAAACAUAGACGUUUACGCGACAGUCCUAGACGAAAAACAGGAAAUAAUUCUAAUUUAAUUAAAUCACCAACUACAAAUAACAACCACUCGAGUUAUAGUUGUCGACCUCGAAGAAAGAGUGGAUCAAAUGAAAGCAUAUCAUUACCCGGGAGUUUACCGAGAAGAAAGCAAUCAACCCCGACUGUGCCAUGCCUUAGUUCUUUAGAGGCCGAGGACAUCGAAACAACAAGAACUCUUGCAUGUGCUGGCUCUCGGUUAACACCUUUGCGAUAUAUCAAAAGUCCAACGACGUCUCCUAGACACCACAGAAAGCAGGACAAAGAUGGAAAAUUUGGUAAAGCUGCUUCAGCGGAAUCCCUGAGAUCAGUUUCACCGGGGUCCGAUUCCGUAUUUUAUUCUGAACAAACGGAACACAGUUUUGCUGGAGCUGACGGUGAAGCGAAGGCCCAUUGCCUGCAUUGUGGCAAAGAAGUUCAUAUUGUAACAGCUCCUCAUGAACAUGACAGCAGAGCAUCGAAAACGUCCCAUACCGAUGAAUCGUACGCUGACGCUACUCCGGACAUAGUACCAGCUCCGGCGGGGUUUGCUGAUUCUCCAUCAUGUAUUAGCUCUAAAAAACAUGCAAGUGGAGCGCGUCUUUACAAGAAAUUAGACAAACGAUAUAGAUCUGAAGACAAAACCAGACACUAUAGAAGCAGACAAGACGUUCGAGCUAAAUCUGAAGAAAGGGGUAAAGAAGAUUACGCCUCUAAUGAGAAACCUCAAGAUACAAGAAUAGCUAGAUCAGCCGGAAACAGUUUAGAUAAAUUAGCUAGCUCUGGAAGUGCAGACCCUGAUGAACACGAAGAAUGUUCAGGAAGUUCUGAAGGAGCUGAAGGAUCUAAGGAAGAAAGAGGAGUAUACGCAGCUCCUUGGUGGUGUGGAAAUUGGAUUUUGUUAUCUGAAAAUGACGAUCACUGGACAAGAUUUCCUCCAGAUGUCCUGGAUACAAUAGAAAACGGAAAAGAUGAUCCAACAGAAUCUGAAACAGAAUUUAACAAGAGAUACGUCGCCCUCACUCAUAGGCUUGUACACAGAAGAGCUUGCAUUGAGCUGAAUAGAAGACAAGCGGAUAACUCUUUUGAGAGCGACAAAACAGUUGUAGUUAGGCGUGGAAAUGAAGAGUUUGGCUUCAGGAUCCACGGGAGCAAACCAGUCGUGGUGUCAGCGAUCGAACCCGACACACCAGCCGAAACCUCCGGCCUGGAGGUUGGGGAUAUAGUCAUAGCUGUUAAUGGAAUCAACGUUUUAGAUAAAACCCAUUCUGAAGUUGUGAAAAUUGCGCACUCUGGCUCGGAGAUACUGGAAUUAGAUGUAGCUCGGACCUGUGAGGUAGUAGCCUCAUUGGCCCACGAAGGUGGUCCAGCGGCUUUGUACUCCGGAUACCUGUGGCGGGCCACUCCAGCCCGGCCGCACCACCCACCUCGCUGGACAAGACGGUGGUUCGUUCUGAAGAAAGAUAACUGCUUGUAUUACUACAAGACUGAUUCCAGUAUCCACCCCGUUGGAGCGCUAAUGCUAGUGAAUUAUCAAUUGACUGAAGAGGACGGAGGCAGGCCGCACGGGUUUCGACUACAGCGCGGCGGCGGCACGAGACUGCAACUCGCCGCUGAUAAUGCCGAGGCGUCCGCUAGAUGGCGUGCUGUGUUAGCACAUGCUAUUGACGCUAGCAAUCAGAGAGAUGGCUGGUUAGAAGUAACAAUGAGGAAUAUGAAACUACCACCUUCUUCGAUUCCCCGCCCCGAUUGCUUCGGCUAUCUGAUGAAACUUGGGUCCAAAUGGAAGUCGUGGGCGAAGAGAUACUGCGUGCUGAAAGACGCCUGCUUGUACUUCUACAACGAUGGAAAUAGCAAAUGUGCCUUUGGUAUGGCAUGUCUCCACGGCUACAGAAUACAGACGUGCGCUCCGGGCGGUAAAAAGUACGCGUUCGAGGUGAUGCCCACAGAAACCAAACAAAGACACUUCUACUUCCAUACGGAGUCGGAGAUGGAUAGAAAACGAUGGAUGGCUGCUCUGGAAUAUUCCAUAGACAGGUGGAUGAAAGCCGGUUGACUACGACAUUACACAUCAGAAGAUUCAUUCGAUUACGUAUAAUUAUAGUUAUUAAAUUAAAUUAUUUAUUUCACCUUUCGUACCUUAUUGCCAUUACCUAAAAGUUUUAAUUAAAAUCCCAAGCAAAUAAAGAUGCUAAAGUAUAUUUAUUAUUUAUAUCCUUGUGUUUCACGUGUUUCUAGUAUAUGGUAUAUUGAUUUAUAAAAAAAUAAUUUAUAUUUCUUUAAUUUAUCAAUGUUAUUUAUUUAUUGGGUUAUUCUGAUAGGAACGAAAAUCAGUGAGAUUAUUUGAUUUCUUGCAAAAUGAAAGGCAAAAUUUUAAUACAUAUCUUUGAGAAGACAAAAUAGUGUGUCUAACCAUACGUAGAAUGCGUACAAAUAAAUACUCAUAAAGUUUCAAAAAUUUAGUUUUUAUUAGUCUCAACAUUUACAAACUUUUAUUCCAAACCUGAGCCACGCAUUCUUGAUACAACUCCAGAAUUGUAUAAUGUUCCUAUACCUAUUCAAAAAUAUUAGAACAACGUUUUAGUAAUGAUAUAUCUGUAGAAUAAAUGAUAAUAUUCAAAGAAAAAUAAAUAUCAUGGUAUCAACAUAUGGAUUACAACGACAUUAUUAAAUUAAGCCAUAUAUACAACUAGCUUUAUCAAUAGUAAUAGUAACAUAGUUCUUAAAUACACGAAUUACGAGUUAUAACGAAAUCAGGAAUCCUAAAUUCAGUGACUAAUAGAGGCAGAAAAUGAUUUCAAUCAUAUAAAAUGAUACACAUUAUACUAUAAUACAGUAUAUAAAAAGGACGCUAUGAAUGUUGUAAUGCAUAAUCAUAAAAAAAUUAACAAUUUCUGUCCAAUUAAUAUUUUAGUUACUUGUUUUACGCUAUGGUUUUUUCAAAAUGUUUAAGAACUGUUCCUUAAAUAUCAUAUAAAAAUUAUUACAAAUAACAGUGAAAUUUUUCAUUUAUAAAAUCAGCCCAUUAAUAUUGGCAAGUUACAAAAACCCUUCUGUUUUGUCAGUGCUUUUGAAUCUUAUAACUACAAUUAUUUGUUAUUUAUCUAAAUGACACCUUCUAGGUGUUAAGAUACCUACGAUUUGUUAUUAUGAUAACGCAGUUAAGAUGAUAACAGAAAUAUUAACAUACUCACCUUAUGUCAAUAGGUAGGUAUAAAAUAUUAUAAACUUUGCGAGAACAAAAUUCUUCUGAUGAAAAAAAAUUGAAAAAUUCUAAAAAUAGAGAAGUAUAUAAAAGUCCUGAGGUCGUAUAAUAUAAAGAUGAACCUAUGUCACUCUUAUAAUAUUUUCUAGCGACUUAUUUGUGGAGGCAAAUGAACAGUGCCAAAAUCACGUCUUUCAUUGAUGGAACCAAUGUUAUAAAAUGAAUAGAUUAAAAAUAAAUUUAGUCGAGUUGCAAGAUAGCUAACUAGUACGAGUACUUAGCUAUAAAAUAGAUAAAGACAAAUGCUUGUCAACAUCUAAAAAAUAUCAUAGAAAAGUUUAUAAAAGAUAUAUGAUGACGAGAAUGUCUAUUUAGAAAGGUUAUAAUUCCUAUUACAAUAUAUAAUGUAGGAUUAUAUUAGAUGUGAAUUGUAGAAUAUAAUAGAAAAUAGCGAUAUCGUGCCAAUACCUAGUAAAUAGGGGAAUAGUGGUUUCGAUUUAACAUAAAGCACAGUUCAAUAAUAAUAUAUUAUGUCAUAAAAAUAUAACCAUUGUUUCACGUGAUUAUUAUAUCAGUGUUGUGAAUUUUAUAAUGUGUUUAAUAAUUAUUAGCUAUUUAUAAUUAGCUUUCUUAUUUCGAAUAAGCAUUUUUUUCGAUACAUUUGUAAAUAUAAAAUGUUGCAAAUUUAUUAUAAAAUAGAUUGUAAUAUUGAGAAUAAAUAUUUAUCACCUAACAUUCGUAUUUCCCCUUAGCAUGUGGUCCAUACUAGGUGACUUAAAAUUGUGCAUUAAAUUAAUAAAUUAAUAGUGGAGUAAAAUUCCACGGAAUGUUUUGUAAAUAAAUAAUCAGGUAACGCUCAAAUAUAAUUAAUAAAUACAUAAAAAGACUUGAAGGUAAAGAAAUUCGGUAUAAAGCUUAUAGUAGGUAGCCUUGUAUAUUAGUGAGUGUUAAUAAUAGAUAUUUAAAUUAUUAAUACUUUUCGUUGAAUUAUUGCAAAUUUAUAAAAUGCACGUUAUGAGAAUACAGUUUAUUUACAUUUCAUAUAUUUAUGAACAAUAAAUGAUAAAUAGUGUUAAUGUGUUCAAUUAAAUAGUAUACAGAACAGCGAGAGUUCAGCAGGUUAAAUAAAUAUUUGUUUUUAUAUUAUUAAUCUGCACCUACGUUGUUCAUAUAAUUGUGCCAAAGAUUGCCAAUAAAAUGAUUGAAAUGCCAAAGUUAGACCUUAAGUGUAUAAUUUGUCGUUAAUUUAAUAUGCACCUUA